AUGCAACCCGGUAAGAUCACGGCCGGUCUACUCCCAAUUUCGGCAGGAGCUAUGCAAAAGUCAGGCUCUGGGGCGCCCGCAAGAAAAACACCUAAACCUCCCGCACCACGUCUCAAACUUCUCAUUCGGCGUUUACCGCCUGGCUUAACACGAGCUGAGCUGGAGAAUUCCCUUGGAGACCAGUGGAAGGCCGGGGCAGGAAACGUCGACUGGCUUCAAUUCAAACCUGGCAAGGUGUCAAAAGACCCCAACAAAUCGUCUCGCCCGUCAAGAGCAUAUGUUCACGUUGUUUCCACUGAAUGUGUCUCUUCGCUCUCGGAUGCCGUGCGCCAAGCUUCUUUCCAGGAUGCUCGCAACACUCUACAUGAUCCCAUUCUACUUGGACCUCCGUCGCUGGAAUUUGCACCCUAUGCUAAGACCCCCGGAAGCCGCUCACGCAAGGAUGCUCGUCAAGGCACGAUUGAUCAAGAUUCAGAAUUCAUCGCUUUCUUGGAAAGUCUGACCCAGCCCAUUACUAGACCCGCGGCUGUGGAUUCCACGGCAGAUUGCGAGGACAAGAAGAAGGAAACUAUAGUGACUACCCCGCUAGUACAGUUUAUCAAAGACAAAAAAGCCAGUAAGUUAAAGGACGGCAGUGGGUCCAAAUCUAAACACAGUCGGUCGGACAAGGAAUCAAAGCAGGAGAAAGUUCAAGCGAAAAAGCUUUUGCAACGAGGCGAUAAGGAAAACUCGGCAAACCCUUCCGACAAAAGACCUAAAGGAGAAAAGUCAACCAAGGACUCAGGCAAGGCAACCAAGCAAGGAACCGCUGCCAAUGCCAAGGGAAACAAGUCGAAUGCCACACCAAAUACUACAAAGGAGACAGCGGCAGCUCCAGAGCGGAGGAGAGAGCGCGGAAAUGUCAUAGUAGCCACCAAGAUCCUUCAGCGUGAUCUUGGACUGUCGACAUCUGGUGGACGGCGACGCGGCAAAGGUGGUUCGACUGAUUCUGCCUCACCUAAGAAUGAGAGCUCUCGAGACUCAGCUAUCCUACCAACCGAUCUUUUCAAGAAGGAGAUAACCAGGCCUCCCAAAGCCGCAUCAUCCGCAGCCAAUUUUCCAAAGCCCAGGAACGGCGAGUUAUCCUCGCGGCCCGAUGCGGCAGCUGCGCCGCCUGUAACCUUACCGGUGAAGGUCAUUAAGGGCGGCAAAGCAAAGCACCCACCAACCGCUAAACAAGCAUUUCUCAAGCAUGCCAACCCAUCCCAGGGUGUUACCGAAGCGCUCCUGCAGUCCGCAUUCACCCUAUUCGGGGCAGUGACGAAGGUCGAGAUUGACAAGAAGAAGGGUUUCGGAUACAUAGAUUUUGCUGAACCGGAAGCCCUUCGCAAAGCUAUCGCUGCAAGUCCCGUGUCGGUGGCACAGAGUCAAGUGGUGGUCUUGGAGCGCAAAGAGAAUCCCGGAAUUGAAAAAACUCGGAAAGGUCGCGAGAGUUUCACACCCAAUACGGCCAAGGCUCCUACCGAAACUGCUGGAAGCACUUCAGGAACAGGCAUUAAUGUUGGAAGUAAUGCUAGCUCCUUCCGCGGAUCUCGUGGAGGGCGUGGAUCACGAAACAAGGGACCCAAGGGGAGCGCUGGAGCUUCAGAGAAGACAGGAGGCACCGAGGCAGAGUGA